CGCGGCUGGCAGUGGGCACCACUGCCCAGCCGCGGUGCGACUUUUCGCAGAACGCCACGAAUAUCUCACAAUCGACGUCACGUCGACCAGACGUACAACACAAUAUUAUAACAAAUAACAAUCCAAUAUAAUAAAACUUUAUAUACCUGCCAAACAUCGUUGACGACAAUAAUAAUAAUAAUAAUAAUAUAACCGUCAAACCGCUACAUCAUGGUCCAAAGGUUAGGAAGAGGUUUGGUGAUGUUAUGGUUUGUCGCAGUCUUCGCACAGUCGACCUGUGCAGAACCAUUACAAUCUGCCGGUCACACGAAUCCCAUCGGAAGUCUAAAACCUUCGGCGUCGUCGUUGGUCGGCGACACCAUGUCCUCGACGAACAACGUUCCGUUCAACUGGUCUUCCGAUUACGAGGUAGCUGUCGUCUAUAUCACGUCCGCUUGGACCGAAUUCGGCGAUGUACGUUCGUCCGACGCACCCCUGGGCAUUGUCGCUGAAAACGGAUUUCUCAAUUAUUGCGUGAGGUUCAAGACCAACUUGGCCGCCUGGGCUAAGUCCUUACAAGACCGACCGGACGUGAGUGGAACGGUGAAAGAAGCCGUUUCUAGCUGGUAUAGAGCCAUUGACACACUGUCGCAGGACAAUUGGAAUCUUCCGGACACUCUCACUUUGGAGUCGUUCAGAAAACAAUUCUUGACCGCGUUCAAGCACUUGGUGCUCAACGGCGGUGAGAUUUACGAAAAAUCAGAUACCCAAAAUAUGAAACGGGACGUGGACGGAUUUACAAGAGACAUUGCCGAUAUUAUGAUCGGAACGCUCAAAGAAAUUUCGAAACAAGUCCGAAGCUUUCCCAAGAAACUCGACACGGAAUAUUAACAGUCUAUAUAAUUUAUGCGGGGUACUAAAUGUGUCAGUCUCACUGCUGUGCUAACGAGAAAAUAUCAUAAUAUAAUAUUAUGAACCUUUUACUGUGUAUUUACUUUAACAUUUUUUUGGCCAUUAACUCGUAUAUUUUGUAUUUAUUUUUAUGCUCAA